AUGCCCACGGAUAACGAUCAAGAUGGACGUUAUGGCCUCACUUCACCCUAUAUAAUCAAGGUAGACUUUGGCGGGCUGCCGACAUCUGGUCUUGCCAUCGGCUUGGUCUAUGAAUCAGCCUUGAGGGAAGGUCAGAAUGACUCUCUCAGCGGCAUUUUCAGCCUCAACAUGAGAGCCGUUAGCCGCCAGCUACACUUCAACAACAGGCUGCCGCCGAUGGAGGCGCUCUUUGAGCCUCAAAAACUGAGAGAGCCCAAGUUCUCGCUCACUUCCCCGCGUCAUGGAGACCCCAUUUCUGCACAAACCAGCAAGUUGACUCUGGGAGGACUCGGAGAAGAGGCUGCUGGUUACAAUAUUACUUACGGACCGGUUUUCAUUUACAACUAUAAUGACUUUCCCCUCGAUUGUCAAGGAUGGACAGUCCAGCUUGAAGGCGUUCGGAUCAAUGGUGUUGAAAUCAAGAUGACCAACGGCCUGAUACUCCCCGAAGGCAAGUAUCUUUCAAUGACGGACUCUGGAAGAUCCUUGAUGUACUUCCGCCCAGAGGAGCUGGAUGCCAUUGCUACCCAAUUCAAAGGUCUGAUUGUUUAUUCAGGCAACCGAGACGUAUGCUUCGACUGCUCAAUCCCACAGCUGAUGGAGUUGAAGUACUUCGGCGAGUGGUAUGCAGUGGAUCCACUGGAUCUCGUGAUCCCCAGCGAUCAUGGAUUCGUCAACGGCACACAGUACUGCCACGCUGCUCUUGGGAGGCGGGCGUUUGCCGGCUCCAUCAUCGGCCCCCCGUUCUUGCGCUCCGUUGUUUCUGUCUUUGACUACCUCUCCAGCGACCUGGUUCCUCAACCACGCGUAGGAUUGGCAGGUCUGGUUAACGGCGCUGCUGCCGUUGCUCGAUAUCCCGAUGUCUUACCCCACCGUCUGUUGUAG